AAGGGUGAGUAUCACGCAGCGGACGCGGGAACAGAAGGGACAACGGGCCGCACCCCUCGGUGCUCCCAUUCCUCAGCGACGAUAAAAGCGAGAAGAAAUUGUUCCCAGCAAAGCACAAGUGAGCUUCAGCCCAGCCCUUCUUCUGAAAACUGAAAGAAACACGCAUGGAGAUGGAGAAGACGGAGGAGAAGAAGAAGGUGGUGUGCGUGACGGGCGCCGGCGGCUUCAUCGCGUCGUGGAUCGUGAAGCUUCUCCUCCAGCGCGGCCACACCGUGCGCGGCACUCUCCGCGACCCCGCUGAUCCGAAGAAGAUAGAACAUUUACGUGCUCUAGAUGGAUCUGCCGAUAGGCUGCAUCUAUUUAAAGCCGAUUUAUUAGAAGAAGGAUCCUUUGAUGCUGUAGUUGACGGUUGUGAAUGCGUAUUUCAUACAGCAUCUCCUUUCUACAAUAAUCCGAAAGAUCCUCAGAUUGAGUUGAUUGACCCAGCAGUAAAAGGAACACUCAAUGUUCUGGCAUCCUGCAAGAAAGCUUCUUCUUUGAAAAGGGUGGUUUUAACAUCUUCAAUGGCAGCUGUUGUAUUCACUGAAAAUCCAUUAUCUCCUGAAGUUGUGGUCGACGAUACAUCAUUUUCUAUUCCAGAACUUUGUGAAAAGGCAAAGGAAUGGUAUGUUUUGUCAAAGACACUGGCUGAACAAGCAGCAUGGAAGUUCUCAAAGGACAAUGGUAUCGACUUGGUGACCAUAAACCCAGCCAUGGUCAUUGGGCCCUUAUUGCAGCCGACACUCAACACUAGUGCUCAACUAGUCUUGUAUCUAAUCAGUGGGUCACCUGUUUAUCUUAAUUAUAGUUUUGGUUGGGUGAAUGUGAAGGAUGUUGCUCUGGCACAUGUCCUUGCAUGUGAGGUUCCUUCAGCGAGUGGAAGAUAUUGCAUGGUUGACAGAGUUAUUCACUUCUCGGAGAUUGUCAAAAUCAUCCAUGAAAUGUACCCUUCUCUUCCGGUGCCUGACAAGUGCGCCGAUGACCAGCCAUUCGCUCCAACUUACCAGGUCUCACGGGACAAAGUAAAAAGCUUGGGAAUCGAGUUGACACCGUUUGAGACGUCCCUCAAGGAGACCAUAGAAUGUUUGAAGGACAAAAGCUUUAUCAGCUUCUAAACUCAAUUAUACGAAUCAUUCAAUAAAUUUUCUGUGGCAGACAUGAGCAAAUAAAUCAAGACAGGUACAGGGUCUUACUUGGUGGCAUCUGGUGUUCAUUUUCCCCUUCCCAUGUUAGGGUCAUUCAAUAAAGUUAGGAAAACGCACAAAACUGUGUAAAAUUUACCUCCAUUUCAAGAUUUCAGUAUCUUCCACCGAGUGUUCUGCUUAGUAUUUGCUGAUUUUUGUGGCUUUCAGCCCAGUCACCCUCAGUUGCUUGUCAAACUGAGUUUAUAUAUUUUGUAAAACAAUGAUCUACCUUUGAUACAUAAA